UACUGCCCUUCUUCUUGGACAUCGUCUUCUUCUCUUUCCCAUCUUGCUCCUCAUCUCCAUUCUCGUCCCACGUUCUUUUCUUUUCCUUUCCCGCCAGGCUAGCAUGGCCGGCGGUUUCAACCCCGUCGACCCGGAACGGUGUGCCCACUAUGCCGGCUUCGCUUCCCAUCUAGACCGGAAGACAUUUGACUUCAUCUACUGGUUCCUUUUUGUCCUAGUCAUAUUUAUGCUAUUCCUGUCGUCAUGGAAAUACAGCGGUGACCUCGAAAAGAUCCGGGUCCUGGGCCUAGAGCCGGGCUCCCGCGAGUAUAGGAACAAGAUGAAGAAGUGCAUGCUCAUCUGCAGCAUCUACGCCGUGGUGUCCGUCGUGGGUGUCAUCAUGGAGGUGUACGCCCUCAUGGCCUUGCAGUUCUGCGACGGCGAGGACCUCAUGUCACUCUAUUGGUCGACUUGGACCAUGAUGCAGGUCGGGUCCGUCAUUGCCAUUUUGGGCAUCUUGCUCGCCAACUUCAACAGUUUGCGGGGGAGCAAAAACCCACCCUGGGCAUUGGCACUCGGCACACCCAUCCUGGUCGUCGCAGGCAUCGGCCACGCCGUCCACGGGGCCGUGCACAAGCGCGUCAAGCGAGCGCGGUCCAGGAGCCGCGGUAGGCGGCGAGGCGUGUCCGCAUCAGACAGCACCCGGGAGAUGAACGGCUUGCCCAUGAGCAGAGAAAUCACACUCCGCGCGGACGAGAGCGAGAGGGAGGAUGCCGAGAUCCCAGCUAAAUUCGUCGGCCUCACCGCCGACGGCGCGCCCAUCAUCCGCUUUGCCGAAGACCCGGGCAAGAUCGGGCCGGAGCACGGCACCGUCAUCAGCCGCAGCGACGGGCAUGUCAUCAUCGCUUUCAAGAAGGCCAUGAAGGUUAUCCACGAUAACGACGACGACAACAACAACAACAACAUCAGUAACGACUCUCGCGGCGGCGGCAACGGGGUUGGCAGUAGCGCUAGCAGUAGCCGCAGCGGUGGUGGCAACGGCAACGGUGAGCCGCUGAGGAGCGUCACGCCCGGUUCCCGGUCGCCUGUCGUGCGGAUUGCUUCGCCGCCGCCCAGGAUGAGCCCGGGGAAGUGGGAGGAUUCGGCUGUGUGACGUGGGGCUGAGAGAAGAUUUGAUUUGCUUCUAUUGCAUGGUUCUUUUUUCCUUUUUUUCUUCUUUUUCUCUCGGCAUUGCGCAUCCCUGGUUUGGGUCAUGGUCUCGGGGUCUCCUGUCAUUCGUUUCGAAAC